AUGCAUCAGCUAGUUGCGUCAUCCCACCUCACUCAUAUAAGAGCCGAUAAAAAGGAGCACAACUUUAACUUCUUCACAAAGGUACAAUAUUAUCCAGAUAACAGCACAUUCAGUGUUACGAUUGAAUGCACUGCCGACUUAUUCAAUUUGGCAACGGUACAAGCACUAGGUGAACGUUUUCAGAUUCUUUGCCAGCAACUCUUCUGCUCAUCGUUUGAUCAUAAUAAUCAACCAAUCUAUGAGUUAUCUCUUCUUUUACCUUCGGAACGACAUAUCAUGCAAAUAAUGAACAACUGUCACAUGAUACCCAAUGAAACUGAUUGUAUUCAUCAGAUGUUCGCACAGAAAGCAACGAUGCAUCCAAGUAAGUUAGCUGUUACACUCGAUGAACAGUGUCUCACUUACGGCCAACUGUUGACUCGAGUACAACAACUAGCAUGGCAUCUUAUUAAUGAGAAAGAUGUUCAUCCAGGUGAUAUUGUCUGUCAAUGUGUUGAUCGAAGUAUUGAAAUGGUUGUUGGCAUCAUGGGCAUUGUGAUGUCGGGUGCUGUAUACGCUCCCAUCAAUCCCAACGAUCCGUUCGAUCGACUUGAGUUACUCGUUCGACAAACUCGUGCGAAAGUGGUGCUUACUAAUUGUAUGUCUCAUGCACAUGUAAGUCGACUCAAUUUGUCGAUUGCUAAUAUCUCUGAGAUACUUACAUCACACAAUGUUCUUAGCGAUGCUGAAAUGACGAAAUUAUCUGAAGUAGCUGUAACACCCGAGUGUAUCUCUCAUAUUGUAUUCACGUCAGGAUCGACAGGUAUUCCGAAAGCAGUUCAAAUUCGCCAUCGCAAUUUCAUGGGUUACAUGCAAGCACACGUUAUGCGGGUGGACGACAUCGUUCUUCAACUUGCCAGUUCUUCUUUCGAUGUUCACUUGGACGAAAUCCUUGGUGCUCUUGUUCGAGGUGCUCACUUAGUGUUACUCAAGAUUGGAGGACAUCUUGAUUUCGAUUAUGUGACAAAGACCAUUAAUCAACAUAAAGUUACUUUUGUUGCACCUGUCCCAUCGUGGAUCAAUGCGUUAGGAAAAUUUCUUAGUGAAAAUCGUUUCGCUCACGACCGGAUCAGACAAGUUCGUCUAUGGUAUCUCGGAGGUGAACAAUUGCUGAGUUCAACCGUUCGACAAUUUUUACCAUUCGUCAACGAACAAUGCCGUAUUUUGAAUUCUUAUGGGCCUGCAGAAAUUACAGAGGCGGCCACGUUUUACGAAGUUCGUCGAGAUGAACUUUCCACGAUUACAUCACAACCUAUUGGACGUCCAAUGGUUGGCUAUCGAAUUUAUCUUCUCGAUGAGUAUCGACAGCCAGUCAUACCCGGUCAACAGGGUGAAAUUGUUAUUGGAGGUGUUGGUGUGUUUGCUGGUUAUUAUGGAAGAGCAGAUUUGACAUCACAAGUGUUGAUUGAUAUUGAUGACGAACAGUGUUACAUAACUGGAGACUUAGCUCGACUGGACGUUAGAUCGGAGGAGCUUGUGUUUAUGGGCCGACGAGAUUUUCAAGUUAAAUUACGAGGACAGCGCAUCGAACUGGGCGAAAUCGAAGAAACUAUAGUGAGAGGAUCAAUAUUUGUGUCGGGCUGUAUUGUGGUCAAGUACACUUAUCAUGAACAAGAACAUCUGCUGGCCUAUGUAGAAGUAGCUGGGAACCAAAUGAAAACUGAGGAAUUACGUGAAGGCUGCGUCUCUAGAUUACCAUCGUAUAUGAUUCCAUCAAUAUUCAUUUGUUUGGACCGGUUUCCACUAAUGUCAAAUGGGAAAGUCGAUCGAAAGGCGUUACCUGCUCCUGAAUCUAUGACUUUUUGCGCGACACUGUUAGAGCACAUUCAACCGACUACUAAAAUGGAAGAACGUGUACAGAACAUAUGGUGUAAAGUCUUACAUAUGGAGUCGAUCUCAGUGAAAUUAUCUUGGUUUGCUCUUCACGGCACUUCGCUCCUGUUCAUGAAGUUAUAUAAUAUGUAUCAAAUUGAAUUCGGUAUUGCUCCAGAUAUAGUCGACUGUUUUCGACAUUCAACCAUUAGUGAGCAUGCCAAAUUGUUGUCUAAAAUUAUUACUUCAACUGGUGCUGAACAUUACCAAGCAUGGUCUUGUUUAAAUCUUGAUAAAGGGGAAGCCUCAUUUGCUCAAUCACGUAUUUUUCUAGACGAGCAGAUUCGCUUUCAUUCUUCCAAUGAAAAAAUCAUCUCCAUAUACAGUCUUCCUUUUCUGUAUCGCUUGGCAGAAGGCUCUCUUUCAAUUUCGUAUCUUCAGCGAGCCCUUCGUCAAGUUACUCGAAAACAUGCUGUUCUACGCACAUCUGUUAGACUGGAUCCGAUCAACAGAAAUUUAACACAAUAUAUUCAACCAAACAAUGCACAAGAUUGUUUUGUCUUCUGUACGAGCAUUAUUGACGAUGGCAACAUGUUGGAAAAUAUUCUUACUGAUGAAAUGACAAAUCAAACGUAUUUCGAUCUCCAAACAGGUCAACUUUUUCGAUGUCAUAUUGUACGCCAACGUUCGACGAUUAUUCAGGAUAAUGAUGAUUUUCUUCAUGAAGGUGAUUGGAUCAUUUUUAAUUUUCACCAUAUUGCAUUCGAUGGUGAAUCGGAACAAAUAUUUCUCGACGAUUUUCAAAAAUUGUACUGUCAAACGGAAAAUGUUCAAGCUGAUGAUCUACACACAGCACUACAAUAUAUUGAUUGUGAGUUAAAUUCAUUCAAAACGUUAACCUGA